AUGGGUCAGUUACCUAAGAACACUUGGAGCACAAUGUCUGGACGCUCGAUCCACCCUUUGAGUAAUGAGCUGGACCACAAAGGUUGCAGGGAUUUUGUUAGGUCCUUUGAGGCUUUGGAGAAACGGGGAGCCUCUCCUGAUGCUUAUGCAGACUUAGCCAAAGACUUUUUCGACUCCUGGACUGCUCACGGCUUUAAUAACUGUUACAAGGCGCGUAGCUGGUGUCGGCGCGUCACUUGGCUGACGUUGUGCUUGAGCCUCCUGACACUCUGCCUCAUCCUGUGCUAUCAAGUAGUCCAGGGCUAUCUGCUGCAGCCGAAGACCGUCCACAUCAAGGUCGUCCACGAAACCAUCACGGAAUACCCAGCGAUCACGGUCUGCAACCUGAAUCCUUUCCCCUUGAAGGACUCGGUGCCUAAGGGCUCUGUGUGGGAGCAUCUGGUGGAACUCGAGGCGGAUUUUGAUCAAGCCAGAUCGUGCGACGGCCUCGGCUUCAGCACGCACCUCGGGGCCAGCGGCGUUGCGGACUACUUCGCGGACGACUACGGCGACUACGAGAGAUACUACGACGACGGAUACAACGAAUCGACCUUUGACGGCGGAUCGAAGCGGCGCCGACGGUCGACUCUCUCCUUCAGCGAUUUCGAGGACCUACUCGAUGACCUCGACCCUCGCCCUUUCGACCUGAUGGAGGCCCCGAAGGAAAGAAGGAAGGCGAGAUCCACGGCCACUGAACAAGGCACUGGGGGAUCGAGCAGCCAGGGUGGAGCGGAGGGUGGAGCGGAUAGUGGAACGGAUGGUGGAACGGAUGGUGGAGCGGAGGGUGAGGGCGAGGACGACGAGGAUCCGGGAAUGAGCGGACCAGGGUCAGCUCGGUCCCUCUCGAAGGAGGAGGUGAUGGCCGUUCGCAUCUCCUGCAGCAAGUACUAUCGGCUCCUGAAGAAGAUCAGUGAAAUCCGCAGCGACACGGAGAGCAUCGGGACAGAGGACGUUCCCGAGUGUAAAAUGAAAAACUUCCACGAACAAGUCAGGUGGAGCCAUAUUUGUCAGGUGGAGGUAAUUGACGAUAACUUCGGAAGUUACACCUAUUACUUGCGCGUGAGUGGAAGGGCAAGGGACAGUUCUGAGCUAGACUUAGGAACUUCUGGUCGUGGCCCAGCGAUCGCUUUGGGAGCUGCUACACCUUCAACAACCGGCGUCAAGUCAAGGGCGGUUUUCGAGAGCCCAGGAAGACGUAUUCUGUCGGUCCUGGGGUUAGUUAGUGGUCCCCUGAGGGUACUUUAG